ACGUCAGUUGCCAAUUGUACUGCCAGCCCACGGGACGCGGGCAUCGUGAAAAAGUGAUUCUACUCUCUCUCUCUUACUCUCCCUGCGAUAACAGAUAUCACAGGCACACCUGAAACGUACCUCCUAUACACUCUACGCGUAUUAUCCACAUCUGAGUCAAGAUUUGUUGUUGGGUAUACGUUACAGGUACUGACAAUUGUAACAACGUGCGUAGUUGGUUGAAUUUAGUUUUCAAAUUCGCGGUCUUACAGACGAGUUUUAAUAAUAUAUAUAUAUACUCGUAUAUAUAGACAUAGUGUUGGUAAAUCGAGUGCUUUUUAUCACCGCAUCGGACGCAUUCUGGAUACAACGUAAUCCUCCUGCGAGUAAUCUAGGAAGGAGGUCAGAAUGCUGAGCAGCUUGGCGAACUACCUGCUGGGGGGUAGUCUUAGCGCUCAUGACGUUCACGAGGAUGAUCCAAACGGGGUAUCGCUCUCCGUUGAGACUAGGCUUAAAGAGGUUGAGGUCGAGGGCGAUGACUGGAUCCUCAUUGACCGUGCUGUUGAGGCCACAACGCCGCUUGAGGAGUCAUGGUACGUGACGCCGCCCGCGUGUUUCACGAGGGCGGGCCCCAUCCACGUGGAGACGUCGCCGCUCGAGGAUCUGCUGAUAGAACACCCGAGCAUGUCCGUUUAUCGGGCAGCGGCUCCCCCGGCUACCCCGGAGACUCCCCCGCCGACGCCCGACACCCCAGCGGAGUCCGAACCAAGCCCGACACCCCCCAACGACGCCGAACCUGCCUCCAGCUUGCCGAGGCAGAGGCACAACCGAGGGGAACAAAUUCAGGAAAAUCAGCAACGCAGGAACGGCAUUCACGAGCACAGACCUGCCAGGGAUGAGGAGGCCCGAGUUGUUCAGCUUCGCAUCGCGCAAAAGGUUCUGGAAAACCGAGCAGCGCAGGUUCUGAAACGUGGCCGUAUGGAGCGUGGCAACAAGGUGAGGGAGGUAGCAAGCGGCAAGGGGAAACGUCCCCGUCGCCAGGACCGCCUGCGUCAGCAAAACAGCGGCGCAAACAACAAUCGCAAGUGCUAGUCGUCUGAUCUCAGGCCAGGGUGCACUCUAGCCCCCCUCCCCCCUUGCACCAACAAAACCCCCUAUAUAUAUAUAUAUAUAUAUAUCCUCCCCUGCCCUCUGACCCCUCGACCACGUGGUGGUAGUUACGCUAUUGGAUAUUGUCAUUCUUUUGUUUUAUCGCUGUAUUAUUUUUACGGCUGGUUACACUUUAAUUAACGAUUCUUAUUAUACCGUUAUUGUGUUUCACCGUGCUCGUAUGUAUUCGGCUGAUUACGAUAUUUAUAGUUUGAACGGAAAAAGAAGUAAAAGAAAAUCGAAGAGUCACGGAAAUGUGCCAGCUAUAUAUACGAUAUACAUAUAUGCAAUAUAUAUAUAUAUGCAAUAUAUAUAUAUAUAUAUAUAUAUGAAAUAUAUAGGGUGUUGAAAAAUUGCUGUGAGGUGGUAUGUUGAGUUUUCUUUCUUUCUUAUGUUUCUUUUCCAAAGCGCGUUUCUUUUCAAACUAUAUUUACUCAUACAGAUUAUUUAAUAUUUAUUUCAUUACAGUGAUUACUGAUUUAACUUGUAUCACGAACGGCCGAUUAUUUUCCAAUUACCUGUCGCAAAAAUUAUAAUCCCACCCUUUUCUUUCUUUAUAAUUACUGAUCACGUCUUCACAUAUAAUUGGGUAUAAAUCGGUUGCUUUUGAUCAGCCUGUUAUUUCAGUAAUAUUCAAUAUUCUAAUAGCAACGUAUUGUAUCACGGCGAGGGAAGUUUUUUCCUACGAUAGUUUCAAACUAGAUAAUUUUCCAUUUUUUUCACUUUUUUUUCCAACUUUCGUAUUUAUAGCACAAAGUUGCAAAUAUAUCUUGAAAUAUUAACCACACCCCCAAAUCGUUGAUGUAAAUAAUAUUUUACGGAAGAUUUCUUUUAACGGAAGGUACGCAUUUUGAAACGAACCUUUAAGUGUUAACGGAGACGUAAUCAUAAUUAUUUGCAAAAUAAUAUAACUGAAUACUGGGGGAAGAAAAAGAAUGAAAGAUAAGAAAGAAAGAAGAAAUUAAAAAGUCAGUAAAACUGAUUAGGCCGUUAUAACCCUUCCCAAGUAAAAUCCGUGUAUACAAUAUGUAACAUACCGUACGUAGAAAUGUACGUAAUUUCGCGGCGUACAAGUAUCGUAUUUUUGCUGUGGUGAAACUUGUGAAAUGAAAAAAAAAGCAUCGGAUAAACACGUUAGAUUCAUUAGGCAGGGAAUAUUUAUUAACAAAUAUACAUAACUCGUGAAAACGUUGACUGACAAUGAAAUUGAUUUGGUGGAAUAAAAAAAUUUAUAUUAAUAAUUUUUCAAAAUUUUGCCGUCGUACGUAGAAACAUGAAACCUGAAGGGCUUAGAAAGGAAUACAAUAUACGGCAUAGAGUGUAUAUACAUACAUGCAUAAAAUAAAUAUGUACGCAUGUAUACAUACCUAAUGUGAAAGUGUAUGAUGUAAAAAAAGAAAAGAAGCAAAUAUUCGCAGGAAAGGAAAAACGUGUGUGACCACAAAAAUAACGGAAAAUUUGAGAAAAAGACAAAGAAAAGAAAAAAGAAGUAUCUACCUUGUGUUUAAAGCUUGACGAUUCACUCAUAUCUGUUCAUUGUUUGAAACGUAUACAUAUAGGUAUACAGUAGGUAUGUAGAAGCGUGUGCACCCUGGCCCUAACAAUGAUAAAAGUAUUUUAUACAACUAAUUGUAACUUUUAAUUAUUAGUUUUAUGAAUUCAUUAAUUAUUAAUCAUUAUUCAUCAUUAUAUUGUAAACGAUUAAGUCUUUCAUUACGCAUACCAAUAAUGGUUUGUGUCAUGUGUGUGUAAGUGAUGAACACGCUCAGAAUGGAUGCGAGGAUAUUACCGUGAGUGAAUUUUAAUUCGAAUGAAUCAAAUCGAUUUUGCGAUAAAAAUUUGUACUGUAUCAUAAGUUGUAAGAGCACAGUCUUUGCGAGAUGCGGAUAUUUUUGUUGGUUCUUGAAAAUUCGUGUACGGCAUUAUGUGGAUAUGCGGGUGCUUUUCGUAUAUUUGCAGUCUGAAAACUUCGCAUUACAGCAAAACACCGUACCGCAUAUCCGUACAACUGCCUGUAUCAAUUCCUUCGAGCGACUUUGCCAAUUAAACAAGCCGAAUCUGAUGGAAAAUUAUUACGCAUAAACACAGACUCAUUAACUGAGAGAUUCGGAUUGAAGACGAACGUAUAAUAUAGGUUAAAAAUGAAUUAACAUUUAAUUGAACUAUAAAGCAAAGAAGGAUUCGAUACUUUGCGAGGAACGUACUCACCGCAAUUGAAAAAGAACCAAUUCAAAGAUUUCUCUUUUUCUCGUUUAAAAGACCUAUAAAAAUUGUAACAUAAACCUAUAAUAGAUAUAAAGGAUAUACUAGCUCGCUAUAUUAACAAUAAACUGAAAGAAUGUAUUUAUGAAAACGGACAAUGGUCAGCGGUGGUAAAUAAUUUUUCCAUUACCAGCGCAGUAUUUUCGCGGAGCCCUUUAAUCAUCUGACAAUGAAGAAUAUAAAUCGGCUAUUACCUAAAAUAUUGAUAGUAUAAUUAAUCUGUUGCAUCUAUAGAUCUUAUCCGUAAUUGUUAUUUAUCGAAAAAUAUUGCAGGUUCCUCUAAAAAAUUUUGUUUUUUUCACUCGUGUAGGUGUAUAAAUUUAUAAUUACCUCAGCGCAAGAUAUGCAUAUGCAUAUAUUCAUACGCCGAUAAAUUGGCUUAUUUUAUACCCGUCCCUGAAUCGGAGCAUGAGAAGAUAGGACAAAAAUGGCAGAUGCAUGAUUAACAAUUAUUGGUGUAAAUGGAGAUUUUUGCGCGUUUUUCUUAAUUUGCGCGGGUCGUGUAAUAAUGUAGUUACACUCUUAUUUUUAUUCAGGAGAGAAAGCCCCCUUUUUUGUUUUGAUAUAAAUAAAGUCAGGAAAUUCUAGUUCGAUUUUUUUUUCCCAUUACAUAAACUCUCCGUUUGUUGUUCACUCGCAAUUUGUCUGGUGCGAUCUUCCUUCAUUCGUGUUCAAAUAUAUAAACUAUUCUGAUAGUAAAUGAAUUACGUGUAUAUUAAAUACAUCACAUAGAUACGCAGCAAUUACUGUAUGCUCAUGAAUUCUUAUAUACUUGCACUGAUGUUUGUGAAAAAACAAAAAGCAAAGGAAGAGAAUAAAGAGAAUUAUAAUCAAUUUGAUACAUACAUAGCUCGAUUUAAUGUUGUUGCACAAUGAAAUUGUGCUUAGUUUGUGUUCGUUCAAUAAUAUAAGAUACACCUUGUUAAUAAUUAGUCAAUAGCUAGCUAGACUAUAAAUUUUCAAAUGUGAUACAACUAUACAUAACGGAAAUGCAACGUUCGAUUACUGUGAAACCUUACAUGAUUGUGCAUGGUUAUAAUAAUGAAUUCUGACGAGUCAAAAAUAUAUUUAAUAAACAUCUAUAUUAAGCUGGAAACUUUUUUCGACGAAAUGCUGAAUAUUUUACCAAUAAUGUACACAAGCAUGCAUAUAUUUUUUCAUUCAAAUUAUUUUUAAUUGUCAUUCAAAGUAAAACGAAGCACGUUGCAUCAAGGUGGAAUAGUAUAAUAUAACCGUGGUAUAAGUUGAACAAAUACCGCGUAUUUUAUCUUGCACGUUUGAGAAGAAUUCCGUACGGUUCAAAAUAUGAAUAAUGUCAGUUGGCGUGCACAUGUUAUAACUAUAAUAGUAAACACACACACACAUACACACACACACACCACGCACCUUAAGUAGUUCAUUAAUAAUUGUUGAAAGAGCAAUACUUACUAACGAAGACAAAUUAUAUAGCGAAACUUGUCUCGUGCUCUCUAAUUACCUACUAAUACUAAGAUUGAUAGAUUGACUGUGAAUCAAUAAAAAUAAGUGAAAUAAAUAAAUUAAUAUGUGCAUACAUAUAUAUGUAUACUAUACACAUGUUCUUAGAUUGUAAAUUGAGAAAUGAAAUCUAGACUGUAGACAAAACUAAAUAUUAUAGGUUUGUUGCAUCAAAUCAGGUUAUUAAAGAUUGAAUAGAGAUGAGAGCGCAAGAAAAAACUAUUUGUACAUUAUAUUACGUAAUUUGAUUGCACACAGAUUUAUAUUGCGAAAAAUUUAAUGAAAAUCUUUUAUAAAUAUAUCGAUCCAUCUGAGCGUGUUCAACCCUAAUUCCUCCACCACCAUAUACUUAGAUUAUUAUUAUUAUUAUUAUACAUAUUAUUGGACAUUAUAAUUAUUGUGACGCGAGUAUAAAGUACGUCAUUGCAAUCGGUGUGAACUGUGAGAAGAUGUAUAAUUUAUUUGCGAUAUAAAUGAUUAAAACAUGCGAAUAAGUAAACAAAGUAGCCGAUAAAUAUGUAAUCGAUUAUAAUAAUUUAUUCUCGCAAAAGUAAUAAUUAUGUAUAUUGUAAUUAUAAUAAUUAUAAAAUAUUAUAACGUUCGGGUCCGUAGUAGAAGCGAUCUGAUUUUCAAGUAUCAAAAUGUUGUUUGUACCAUACAUAUAUUCAACAAAAUAUACUGGCUGUGACAUAGCCCAACAGAUUGCAAAGUUUAUUUUAAAGUUAAAAAGAAUAAAAAUAAACGAUUGAAAUAAUUUGAACAAAAAGAUGCGAACUAUUAUUAAACGAAGAAAACAAACUAAAAUAAUGACGGUAAUAUUAAAUAACAAAAGGUUUAACGGAAAGGAAAACAAGAAAAAUAAGACAAACAAAAAGUUGAAUGAUAUAUUAUUAAUAUUAUAUUUAUCGUAUAUAAUGAUGAAUUAUAAUUAACUUUGCGUAUAUAAUUGUACAUUUUUCGUAAUUGUAAUAACAUAAUUACUUAACUCCUUAUAGUCUCACUGGAGAAUAUGAAUGCAAAAAAAAAAGAAAAGUGAAAAAAAUGAAAAUAAGAAUAAAAACUCAUAUACAUGUUAGGGUAAUAUACAUAUAUUGUAUUUUUCGUAGAUCGCAAGAAAGUACGACUGUAAUAAUAAAUAAUGAAAUUCCUCUGCGGAGAUGAAAAAUGUGAUAAAAACAUAAAUAAAAGAUUUAAAAUGA